AUGCAGGAACCAACCUAUGACCCUAGCCGUCCGAUGCCUUCGCUUUCGAUUUCCUUCUCAUACAAGUUGGUCGGCAUCCCAAACAAGACUAUGGUCAGCCUGCGAGUGGAAUUCCCACCCAAUGGCUCCACCCCGCCUCACCGCCAUGGCGGCGCCAAUGUUGGCGCGUAUGUCGUGAAGGGAACUCUUCUCAACAAAAUGAAUGAUGAUCCCAUGAAGGUCAUUGAAGAGGGUGGGAGCUGGUUCGAGGCGCCGGGAUGCCAUCAUCGCAUUAGUGAUAAUGCCAGCAAGACCGAACCGGCUACCUUGAUUGCUACUAUGAUCACCGAUACCGACGCUUAUGAGAGGGAUGGAAUGGGUGCUCUGAUCCAGAUUGACGAGGAAUAUUUGAAGCGCUAG